CCUCACGGUCCCCCCUCCCACAUCACCAACAGUCGGAUCAAGAUGGCGGCUGAGGCAGAGUACGAGUCCAUCCUGUGCGUUAAACCGGACGUCAACGUUUACCGGAUCCCGCCGCGAGCCUCCAACCGAGCAUACAGGGCCGCUGACUGGAAGCUGGACGCUCCUGACUGGUCUGGUCGAAUGAGGAUCACAGCGAAGGGCAAAGUGGCGUUCAUCAAACUGGAGGACAAAGUCUCAGGUGAGCUGUUUGCUCAGGCUCCGGUUAAAGAAUAUCCCGGCGUUGCCGUGGAGACCGUCAGCGACUCCAGCCGCUACUUUGUUCUGCGGAUACAAGAUGAUAACGGUCGCAGCGCUUUCAUCGGAGUCGGCUUCGGGGAUCGAGGCGACGCUUUCGACUUCAACGUGGCUCUGCAGGAUCACUUCAAAUGGGUGAAACAGGAGAACGAACUCAGUAAAAACGCUCAGCUCGGAGAUUCAGGACCCAAACUGGACCUGGGCUUCAAGGAGGGACAGACCAUCACACUCAACAUAGGGCAAGGUAAAAAGAGAGAUAAGCCCCGCCCCCAAGGCUCAGGUGGGUUUGGACUCCUCCCACCACCACCUGGAGGCAAGAUAGCUCCUCCUCCUACGUCAGGCUCGUCCAAUCACAACAUAGUCCAGCAGACGGGAGGCACAGCGACAGGAUGCCUUCUGGAGCUGGACAGCAGUAACUCCAACACCGUGGUCCAGUCUAACCCUAGUUCAGAUCUGUGGGGAGAUUUCUCUGCUCCUGCAAGCUCCGUUCCGCCUCCGUCUCGACCACAGAACUCCACCAACUGGAUCCAGUUCUGAGCCGUCGAUCACGUCGGUUGUGGUUUCUCAUCUCACCUGCAUCUGUGUCUGUCGCUUCCCAUGCAUCACGCUGAGAGUAACUCCCACACACUGAUCCCACAGAAACAGAGCUGCAGAAUCAUCUUUCUGUCCAGCGUUCCCCACAGGAGACGAAGCAUCAACGAGUCGAAGCCAUCAACAUGAAAUGAGCCAUUCUGAGGACAUCUAAGGGCUACGAGCAGCAGCUGUUCCUCCCCUGCAGGUGGCGCUCUGAGCAGAGCUUCAUCUCUGAUCUGGAGGUCUUUAUUUGUCUCUGCAGCAGCUCCGCCUGCAGGCACAGCAGAGAACUACACCUCAACAAGUCGCUGUGAAGUCUGUACACAUUAGAGGAAGGAGAUGCUGACCAUCUUGUGACGCUCUAGGAUUGGAGUUUAGAUGUGAUUCUUGUCUUAAAGCCUCAUUAGAUGGAUAAAUUUCAGAUCGCAGCACUGAUUAGAAUAUAAACCCUGAAAGAAAAGAACAUUCUGUGACACAUAAUGGCAUUAGAAACAGCUUUUCCACAAAGAAAAAUAAGAUUUUUAGUCUGAAUUAGGGAUCAUUUCAGGAGCUUUGUCUUAAAAUUACAUACAUAGCUGUAAACCUCCUCAUAUCUGAUGUGCAAUUUGAUGCCAAAUAUUGCAUUAUAAAUCAGUUAAUUGAUGCAUUUUCCAAGCAUUAGUUCAGAUCUUUUCCUUAAAUCACCUUUAUUAGAUGAUCAGGAAGGACCCAUGGUGGAGUAUUUAGUGUGUCUGGAUGAGAUACUGCAGGUAAAAUGUGUUCAUAUAAAUAUAUCUACACCAGGUCACGCUGCUUAAAUCUUGAGAAUUUGUGUUUACAAUCUAAAAUCGUGUUUUUGUUUACUUCUGGGUUCUUUUUUUGUUGUCGCAGAGCUGAACUCAGACACGGAUUCUUUACUGUCGUAUAUUUACAUUUUUAAAUGAGCUAAAGAGUUAAAUAGUGCAUAUCGUUCUGCUGUUUGUCUGCUGGAGGUAAAUUUAAAACUACUGAAAUACUUGUUCACCCCAAACAUGCCGUUAAUUUGCCUGUUUGAUCGUCUAGCUGGAAUGAGAACUGUAGGAUCGUCUUCAGAACGUCCUGUUUUACGCUGAAGGAUUGUUUUUUAGUUCCUAACGGGAAAGAUACAGUCUGCAGAGCUGCACUUUAAGCACUAAAUAUGCAGUUUGUAAUUAAAAUUACCCAGAUUUAAAGUUAAAGGUUGAGGAAGCUGUUAAACCAGGGCUGUCCAACAUGAGGCCCGUGGUCCAAAAGCGGUCCUCCAGAGGGUCAAAUCCGGCCCUCAAAGUGUAAAAAUUACAGAGAAGACAUUAACUGCAGAUUGUAAAUUAGUAAAACUAUAAAUUUAAAAUCAUUUCUAGACCAUGACAAGUUGUUUGGAUCAGAAAGUAAAAUACUAGAUUGUUAUUUGUCAUUUUGUGUCUCAUUUUUAUAACGUUUUGUCUUGUUUUUGUUGUUUUUUUGUCAUUUGAUGUUUUUGUCGUUUCGUGUUUCUUUUUUGUCUCCCUUGUGUUGUUUGUAUACUUUUUGUCAUUUUGCAACUUUUUUGUCAAAUUUUUUUGCCUCUCUCUUUGUUUUUUUGCGUCGUUUGUGACAUUUUUUCAUUUUUGUCUUAUUUUUGUCUGACUUUUGUCGGUUGUGUCACGUUUUUGUCGUUUUGUGUUUCCUUUUUGUCUCAUUUGUGUUUUUUGCCUUAUUUUUGUCAUUUUGUGUUUUGCGUCGUUCAUUGUUUUUGUGCAUUGUUUUUGCCGUUUUGUGUGGUUUUUUUGGUCUACUUUUUUUGCCGUUUCUUGUUUUUGUCGUUUGUCCAUUUUGUGAAAAUUUUCAGAAUGUAUUUUUUCGCACUGAAACAAAGGAACCUUUAGGAGUUGUGGUUCUUUAUAGGUUAUUGUGCUGUGGUUUUACUGGUCCCUGGAGAUCAAACUGGGCUGAAUGUGGAACCUGAACUCAGACCAGUUUGACACCCCUGCUCUAAACAGUCCCUCAGUGAAGUGUGAUGAUGAGAAAACAGGCUUGAACAGGGAUUAAAUUCAGUUUCCUGCUUUUUAGACGUGUUUUACUGGAAAAAUGUUUAAGGAGCUGCACUUAAAAUGCAGUGAGAGUCCUGUGGUGGAUUUAUGCUUAAUGCAACAUGUUCAGCUCCAGAUGCAGGAGUGACAGAAGAGCUGGACAAUCUGAGGACAGUAUCUGGAAUUUAAAAGCUUCAGAGUCAGAGAAGAUCAGCAAACUGGAGCCAGCAGCUAGUUAGCUUAGCUUAGCUUAGCUUAGCUUAGCUUUGCACCUGUGAACACAUUAUAUUGUGUUAAAUUCCUGUUUCUUUCAGUCGUGCUAACACUGAGUUAAAGAAUGAUGUGCUAUAAUCCUCUGGUGGCCUGGAAUAAGACACAAAAAGCUCCUUUAUCGAGCUCUGAGUGAAAACCUAAAAUGAUUGUUUCCUCCUGAAUGUCUUCAUGGCAGCAGAUGAAAUGUUUGGAUUGUGUUUACAGGACCUUUGGCUUCUGAAGCUGUUUUGACUGUGAAUUAAUUUGCAUAAAGUUUUCAGAUUUGCUGUAUUUAAACUGGCAUUAAGCUGUAGGGCUGCUGGAUAAAUCUUACAUGUGUGUUGUGUUUACAUCGCUCCCACUGCUGGCUGAGAUUUAAAAACAGAAACGUUUCCCAUUCCUCUCUCAUUCCACCGCUGCUGUAAAGUUACCGGACUAACACUUUGAUUUAUGACCAAUUUAAUGAGAAAGAGGCAAUAAAUCCUUUCAAAGGA